GCUCUUGAGCUCGACCUAUUUCACUCUCACAGCUUCCGUCAUCGAUAGGAGGUAGUACACAAUAUCAUUUAGAUCAUACCUCGCAAAUUAAUUGCAUGAUCGCUUUCGCGUCCGAAGCCAGAAGCCGCCCAAAAUGGCCAAGACAUUUCGAUUAGGAGCUCGGCUCCGAUACCCCAUUACCAUAUCCAAAUUCUUAAAGAGCCCCGGCGAAGAUGUUACGAAACAAGAGUCGCUAAUGCGUUAUACUUUCAAAUACAUGCGCAAGGUUGGCGAUCCCACGAAAAACGAAGAAUACGAGGUCGAAGAAACGGGCGUCGCCGAUUGGGAUUGCCCUUCCGAAGGCAAGGUGAAACAAUGGCGGGUUAAGAUUGGAGAAGUGAUCAAGAAAGAUCAGGACCUCGUUACCAUUGAAGAAACCUGCAGUCAUGAGGUGCAAUAUGCUGGCCUUUGCGCCAUAUGCGGCAAAGACAUGAAGGAGGCGAACUACGCCAGCGAAUCGCUGGACACAGAACGCGCUACUAUCGCUAUGGUUCACGACAACAUUGCCCUCACCGUGAGCGAAGACCAAGCCACACGUGCCGAGAUGCAAUUACAGCGUCGGUUGCUGAAGGACCGCAAGCUUAGCCUAGUCGUCGACUUGGAUCAAACCAUCAUCCAUGCCUGCAUAGAUCCCACAGUAGGCGAGUGGCAGAGCGACCCUUCGAACCCGAACUAUGACGCUGUCAAAGAUGUUCGACGCUUUCAACUCGAUGAUGGUCCACGAGGAGCAACCAGCGGCUGUUGGUAUUACAUCAAAAUGCGUCCAGGCUUGGCCGAAUUCCUCGAAAAAAUCCAUCAAAUGUUUGAGUUGCACGUUUAUACGAUGGGCACGCGUGCUUAUGCUCUCAACAUUGCUAAGAUUGUUGAUCCGACACAAAAACUCUUUGGCAACCGGAUCAUCAGCAGAGACGAGAAUGAGAGCAUAACUGCCAAGAGCCUGCAACGUUUGUUCCCUGUGAGCACAAACAUGGUUGUUGUCAUUGACGAUCGAGCCGAUGUAUGGCCACGAAAUAGGCCAAAUUUGAUUAAGGUAACGCCAUAUGAUUUUUUCACAGGCAUUGGCGACAUUAAUUCUAGCUUCUUACCCAAACGCGACGAUAUUAUUGCCGCACCAUCCCCACCCCCCCCUCCUGAGCCAAAAACCCCCAACGGCAAACCUACGCAACCCAAAGUCGGCGCCCCUGAUGCUUCGAGUCCUGUCCCGGGACAAAACGAAAAGCCACUAGCCAACGGUCACGGCGACAUUGUACUUUUACAGUUGCAGGCCGAGGAACAGGAACGAACACUUGAGAAACAGCUCAAAGACCGGCCCUUGCUUCAUCUACAAGAAGAGUUGGACCGAGAGGAUGAAGAGGCUGAGAAGAAGUCUGCCGAGAGUAGUGAUAGCCCAGAUUCUGCUAUGAAUGGCGAAUCGGAGAGUCCUUCGCACCAACGACACAAGCUUCUACGCGAUGACGAUCGAGAACUAAGAUUUCUGGAGAAGCAUCUGGCCAAUUUACACCACGCAUUCUACGAACAAUACGAUGCGCGAUGUGCGAACCGUAGGGCUGAUGAGAUCGUGCCUGAUGUCAUUCCAGAUACUGGUGCUCUCUGGGCUCGUGCCACUAGAUGUUGAUGUACGCAGAACCGAGAUUGGGAUGCAGGCCGAAAGCUUUGGUGCCGAGAUAAGAACUCGGGUGGGCCAUGAGAUUACCCAUCUAGUGAUCAACAUCUCUCGCCCGCGAACUCAGAAAGUCCGUCAAGCAGCACGUAUUCCGUCGAUUAAGAUUGUGAA